AUGCGCUAUAGUCGUGGACUUGGAACAGCGGAAACGAAAAUACGGUUGGAGGAAUCUCAACCACUGAUGAGCGAAUCGGUCGCCAGUACCAGCAGGGACGACAUCUUUCUGUUGCCUCUAGCAAGUACCUCGCCGUCCUCCACAGUGAAUCGUUUCACGGGAUUUUUCGAUACUAUCAUGUUCAGGUGCUGUUGGAAUUUCCUCCGUAGACGGCGCACGUUGCAUUCUCGAACAAUAAGAGUUGGCCACGGGCCGGUAUUGGGUUCAGCUCAUUCGUUUCCUCCCAAUACAGUUCUUUUUCAACAAUUCAAAUUCUUCCUGAAUCUCUACUUUUUGCUGAUGGCGUGCAGUCAGUUUAUACCAGCAAUUCAGAUUGGAGCACCAAUCACUUAUUGGGGACCGUUGGGUUUCGUGCUAACAGUAACACUGAUUCGCGAAGCUAUGGAUGAUUUCGUUCGCUUCUUGAGAGAUCGAGAAUUGAAUAGUGAGAAAUAUGAAAAGCUAACACCACAAGGAAUCGACUAUAUAUCGAGCUCAAAUAUCAAAGUCGGUGAUCUGAUUAUUAUACAGAAGGAUAAGCGUGUACCUGCAGAUGUAGUGUUCUUGCGAACUACUGAGAAAUCGGGCGCUUCCUUUAUUAGGACUGAUCAGUUAGAUGGUGAAACUGACUGGAAAUUGCGGAUUGCUGUUCCCGUUACUCAGAAUCUUGUUUCGGACCAGGACAUAUUCGAUCUUAACCUGGAAAUUUAUGCCGAAAAACCACAAAAAGAUAUUCACGACUUCGUGGGUACCUUCAAGAUGAGUUCAGAAGACUCAACACAAGACGGGUCACUGAAUGUCGAAAAUGUUCUUUGGGCUAAUACAGUUCUUGCUAGUGGUCGUGUGGUAGGUGUUGUUGUAUAUACUGGUCGCGAAACCAGAUCUGUCAUGAAUACUACAUUGCCGGAAAGUAAAGUUGGGUUACUCGACAUAGAGGUCAAUAAUUUAACCAAAAUAUUAUUUCUGUUUGUGGUCGUGCUGGCUUCUGUCAUGGUCGCAAUGAAGGGAUUGGAUAAGAAUUGGUAUCGAUACUUGAUGAGAUUUAUUCUAUUAUUCUCGUAUAUAAUCCCGAUAUCACUGCGUGUCAACUUGGAUAUGGCUAAGCUCUUUUAUUCAUGGCAAAUUGGAAGAGACCGUCAUAUCAAAGACACCGUUGUACGUAGUAGCACCAUUCCUGAAGAAUUGGGCCGAAUUUCAUUCUUACUGUCUGACAAAACGGGAACUUUGACAAUGAAUGAAAUGCGCUUCAAGAAGAUUCAUCUAGGGACAGUGGCGUUCAGCAGCGAUGCUUUUGAAGAUGUAUCUCGACAUGUGUUGUCAGCUUAUUCUGGGAAGCUUGGUCGUCACUCAUUUUCUAGUAAGUUGCAAACAGCAGUAGAAGCGAUUGCGCUUUGUCACAAUGUAACACCAACAGAAGAAAAUGGGCAGAUUAGUUACCAGGCCGCCAGUCCUGAUGAGGUUGCACUGGUUAGAUGGACGGAACAAGUGGGUGUUCGGCUUGCCCAACGUGAUCUCACUUCAAUGCAACUACAGCUUUCAAAUGGUCAAACAAAAAGUUUCCAAAUUCUUCAUUUGUUUCCCUUCACAUCUGAAACAAAACGGAUGGGGAUCAUCGUUAAGGAUGAAACGAGUGAUGAGAUUAGUUUGUUAAUGAAAGGUGCAGAUACCAUAAUAGCUGGAAUGGUGCAAUAUAACGAUUGGUUGGAAGAAGAAUGCAGUAACAUGGCUAGAGAAGGAUUACGCACUUUGGUAGUUGCGAAGAAAGUGUUGUCAAUGGAACAAUUAGUUGAUUUUGAGAAGCAUUAUCAUCAAGCUAAAAUGACGGUGGUUGAUCGAAGUGAGCAUAUGGCUGCAGUACUGAGACGAUUGGAGACCGAUUUACAGCUAAUUUGUUUGACUGGUGUCGAGGAUAGAUUACAAGAUCAAGUGACGACGUCGUUGGAAUUGCUUCGAAAUGCGGGGAUCAAAAUCUGGAUGCUGACUGGAGAUAAAUUGGAGACUGCGAUUUGUAUUGCGAAAUCAUCUGGGCUCUUUUCCAAGACAGACAAUGUCCAUAUAUUCGGACAAGUCCAGACUAGAAUAGAUGCUCAUAACGAACUAAACGCCUUGAGGAGAAAAAACGAUGUGGCACUAGUUCUUUCUGGAUCUGCUCUUAAUGUAUGCUUGCAAUAUUAUGAAGCUGAAGUGGCUGAACUUGUACAACAAGAAAACAGAGAAGCUUGA